AUGGCGACGUGGGACCCAGAUUCCGACUGUCUCCCAAAGUUGAACGAGCUACCAAAGAUACCGGGUGCGCCCGAGCAUGCGGCUUGGUUCUGGGGACCGAACGAUGAGGUGAAGUCGCGGGCCUUCACCUUCAUUAUGCAACUUUCAGAGUCAUUCUCAUCACAUCGCAAUCCCGUCCGGCCCCAGAGAUCAGAGAUACCAUGUACUAAUGACCUUGCACCACAGUUAGGACGGUUGAAUCUCCUCACACCACGAAGGGUCACUGAGGCUGCGAAGUUGAUUCAGACGGGCGAGAGGGCGGGUUUGAAUCUCCCUGCCGAGUGGCCGGAGCCUCCGUUCUUCGGCCGACAGGCUUUCAAGCACACGGUUGUGAAGGUCCGGCCGCAUGCAUUCGACGAUCUGUACGAGUUGAACACGCAAAGCGGCUCUCAGUGGGAUGGAUUCCGACAUACGACGGUCAAACAAAUCGAAGACAAGUCUGGCAAGAUCGGGACCAGUGCUUGGGCUCAUCGCGGCAUUGUUGGUCGAGGCGUCCUCAUCGACUUCUACGACCACUGCGGAAAGUCAUACGAUCCAUUCACACCGCGUAAGAUCACGGCCAACGAGAUCAAGGCCUGCGCCAAGGCACAGGGGGUGGAAUUCCAUUACGGUGACAUUUUCAUCGUGAGAACCGGCUUUUCAGACGCCUACAGGAAGCUCGACGAGAGACAGCGCGAGAAGCUGGGGACAAAGGCCUACCUGGAUCUGCAAUUUGCAGGCCUCUCGCGUGCCCACGAGACGGUGGAGCUCCUGCACGACAACUAUUUCAGCGCCGUGGCCAGCGACGCUCCGGCCUUCGAGACGUGGCCGAUGGACGAGCCCGAACACCUCCAUCACUGGCUGCUUCCCCUCUGGGGCUGUCCGAUCGGUGAGCUAUGGGAUCUCGAGGAGCUGGCUGCUUUGUGCAAGAAGCAUCAACGGUACACAUUCUUCCUCUCCAGUAGCCCGGCGAACGUGAAAGGCAAGUCAAGCCGGGUUAUUGCCCGGUUGUCCCCCGGAGUAGUGAGACGAAACAUUGUUGCUAACGACGGAACGUAG